CGAUAGCAUAUCAAACUUAAGUGGAAUUCUGACCAUUAUAUGUGUGGUGUGCAGGUGACGCGACUCGCCUGUGGAGGAUUCAUCCUUGCGGUCCGACUGAACCACACCAUGGUUGAUGGGCUGGGGCUGACGCAGUUCUUGGGCGCUGUGGCAGAGCUUGCGCGGGGUGCACAGUCUCCAUCCAUCCUCCCGGUGUGGAAACGGGAGCUGCUGGAGGGGCGCAACCAGCAACAGACAGCGCCGGUGCACGACAAGUUGGACGAGGCGCCGGGCAGGGGCAGUGACACUGACACCAAGGCCAGUAGUAUCAUGCUUCCAUUAGAUAACACGGCGCUCUGCCACCGCUACUUCUUCUUCGGUCCCCGAGAGAUUGCUGCUAUUCGAGCCCAGCUCCCGCCGGACCUUCAGCAGCGUGCCACAAAGUUCGACACCAUCGCGGGCUGGAUGUGGAAGUUCCGCACGAUGGCGCUGGCCCUGGACCCCGACGAGGUAAUGCAGCUGAUGAUGGCGGUUAACGCCCGUGGCCGUAACACCGGCGCGGUCGGCAUCCCCAUCGGCUACUACGAAAAUGCGGGGGGCAGCGGCGGUCGCCAUAUCGACAGCUAGGGAGCUUUGCACGAAACCCCUGAGCUACGCCAUUGAGCUGGUGAAGAAAGCGAAAAACAAGGUGGACAUGGAGUACAUGCGGUCAAUGGCUGACCUCAUCAUGCUGCGCAGGGGGCGAACUCCGCCCUUCACCGCGGGAACGUAUUAUCUGGUAGACCAAACCAAGGCCAGGUUUCACGACCUCGACUUCGGAUGGGGCAAGCCGGUGUAUGCGGGGCCGGCAGAAACUUCCCCCAUCCCGUCCUUUCCCUUGCUGCUGAGCUACCUCUUAGCCUCCAAGAACGCCAACAGGGAGGACGGUAUCGUCGCGCGGAUCAGCCUGCCUGGCCCUGCUAUGGAUAGGUUGGUGGAAGAGAUGAGCAACUGCACCCAUCAGCAGAUGUGAUCCCCCGCUGCACCAGCAUCACGUGUUCCCAGUCAAGAGGUCAGCGCUCUGAAAAAUUCACCGUGGUGGCAGGCUGGCUAACGACCGACAGGAAACUUCAUCUCGUCGCAUACUCGCAUGUGGAUGGAUUGCAGUGGUAUGCUACUGUAUGGUUGUCUCAAGGGUUCUGUUUAUUUUACUCCGUUUUCUCAACAAAAUAAAUGAAUCGUUGAUAGGUCAAUAACUUUUCACGCGUGUGUUGCAUAAAGAGGAAGGCAUGCUGUUGGAAUC